AUGUUUGCGGUGAAAACAUGGACUGCAGAAUGGUCGAAUAAUUUUCAAGAGAACCAAUUGCUGUGGUCCUUCUGCGGAUGUUUGAUGGUGUCUCUGCUCGUCGUGUUCUUCUAUUAUUACAAACGAUGGCGUUCGAAAGAGCUAUCCGGCGGCACUGGCGCGGCCGACGCUGGUGGGGAGCCCGCGAAGCGGUUUCGGAAACGCGACAAGAUGCUGUUCUACGGGCGGCGGAUGCUGCGCAAGGUCAAGUCUAUCUCCAACUCGGGCCAGGGCCGGAAGCGGCGGGCGGUCAUGCGGUUCGCCAGGAAGCUGCUCCAGCUGAAGAAGGAGUCCGCCCCUGAACAGCUGAAGGUGUUGGAGCCACCCGCGGAAUAUCUUGAAGAAGACCUGACGAACGACGACCGCGUUCCACCGGACGCGCUGUACAUGCUGCACAGCAUCAGGGUCUUCGGCCACUUCGAGAAGCCGGUGUUCCUGAUGCUGUGCAAGCACACGGAGAUACUGAACCUGCCCGCCGGCGCGUUCCUCUUCAAAGUUGGCGAUACGGACGAGAACGUAUACGUGGUUCAAACGGGCCGAGUGAACGUAUACAUAACAAACACGGACGGCAGCAGCCUAUCGCUGAAGGUGGUCCGAGCCGGAGAGAGCGUCACCUCCCUGCUGAGCUUCACCGACGUCCUCACGGGCCACUCGCAACCGUACAAAACGGUGAACGCCAAAGCGCUGGAGGACUCGCAGGUGAUCAAGCUGCCGAUGAAGGCCUUCCAAGAGGUGUUCAAGGAGUAUCCCGACAUUUUCGUGCGCGUUAUCCAGAUAAUCAUGGUGCGGCUGCAGCGCGUCACUUUCACCGCCCUCCAUCAGUACUUGGGAUUGAGCGCUGAACUAGUCAAUCCGGGACGAGAGCGGAGGCGGACGCAGCAAAACGCUUCGUCGCCGGCCAAGGCCAAGCCGCCGGACCACUCGCCCCACCAUUUGGACCGUCCGGAGCGACUCGACCGUCCGGAGCGACUCGACCGUCCGGACCGACUCGACCGUCCGGACCGACUCGACCGUCCGGACCGACUCGACCGUCCGGACCGACUCGACCGUCCGGACUACACGGAGGGGGGUCACCAGACUUCCUCCCCCAUUCACAUCCAGGGUCGGAAGCCCAGACCCGACAUGGUGCCCGAUUUAACGACUAACACGCCCCAGGUAACGCCCAUAAAGCAACAGCCAGACGUUCACCCGGUGACGUCGUCUUUCAAAAGCAAGGAGGGUUCCUCAUUCAAGAAACACAACACGGAUAAUCUCGACGAGCAGGCGCUCGUCCAAAUCGCCACCGAGGCUUUCGUUAAGGAGCUGGGCUUGGAGAGCGACCAACUUUUGCGCGGGAACGUUCAAGUGCGAGACCUACCGGCUGGGACCUAUAUCAUGAAAGAAGAGAGCCAUAAGGAUGUGGCUUUGGUGUACCUGUUGUCUGGGGCGCUUCUGGUGUCGCAGAAGGUAGCAGAGGGUGAAGGGGAGGUGCACAUGUUCACGGCGUACCCAGGCGAGGUGGAGGGCGGGCUGGCGGUGCUGACCGGCGAGCCGAGCUUCUUCUCGAUCCGCGCUAAGCACUUCUCUCGCAUCGGCCUCCUCUCCAAGGGCACCGUGUACGGCGCAAUGCGCGAGCGGCCCGCGGUGGUGCUGCACAUCGCGAACACCGUGGUCAAGAGGCUCUCGCCGUUCGUCCGCCAGGUGGACUUCGCGCUGGACUGGGUGUUCCUAGAGUCUGGGCGCGCGGUAUACCGUCAGGGCGAGGAGUCAGGUUCCACGUUCAUCGUGCUGAGCGGCCGGCUGCGUUCAGUCAUCACCCACCCCAACGGCAAGAAGGAGCUCGUGGGGGAGUACGGGAAGGGAGACCUGGUCGGCAUAGUGGAGAUGGUGACGCAGACCCGCCGCAGCACCACCGUGAUGGCGGUGCGCGACUCCGAGCUGGCCAAGCUGCCCGAGGGGCUGUUCAACGCCAUCAAGCUCCGCUUCCCAGUGGUGGUGACGAGGCUCAUCAACCUCCUCGGCCACAGGAUAUUGGGCUCGUGGCAGAAGGCGGGCGCCGGGCGGGGCGCGGCUGCCCUGGAGCCUCGCUCCUCGCAGCACACCUUCUCGACGGUGGCAGUGGUGCCGGUCGGCGACGACGUGCCACUCACCGCCUUCACCUACGAGCUCUACCACUCGCUGAGCGCCAUAGGGCCCACCGUACGUCUGACAUCGGACGUGAUAAGAAAACUCUUGGGUUUAACCAUCAUGGACCCCAACAACGAGUACAGGCUCAGUUCCUGGCUGGCGCAACAGGAGGACAAGCACAAGGUGGCACUGUACCAAUGCGACCCCAGUCUGACCCAGUGGACACAAAGGUGCAUCCGCCAAGCGGAUUGCAUCCUAAUAGUGGCUUUGGGGGACAAGCAGCCAAGUAUCGGAAAGAUCGAGAAGGAGAUCGAGCGAUUGGCGAUAAGAACGCAGAAGGAGUUGGUGCUGUUGCACAGGGAGGGGGGCGUACCCCCCUCGGGGACUGUACACUGGCUCAACAUGCGCUCGUGGGUGAGCCAGCACCACCACGUGCGCUGUCCGCACCGCAUGUUCACGCGCCGCAGCCAGUAUCGGGUCAGCGAGCUGUACAGCAAGGUGCUGAUGUCCGAGGCGAACGUGCACUCGGACUUCUCGCGGCUGGCCCGCUGGCUCACCGGCACGGCCGUCGGGCUCGUGUUGGGCGGCGGCGGGGCCAGGGGCGCCGCGCACGUCGGCAUGAUACGCGCCAUACAGGAAGCCGGCAUCCCCAUCGACAUGGUGGGCGGAGUGAGCAUCGGGGCCUUCAUGGGGGCGCUGUGGUGCAUGGAGAGGAACAUCACUACUGUCACGCAGAAGGCCCGCGAUUGGUCCAAGAAAAUGACCCAGUGGGGCAGGCAGCUGCUCGACCUCACGUACCCGGCCACCUCGAUGUUCUCCGGGCGCCAGUUCAACGCCACCAUCAGGGGCACCUUCGGCGAGGUGCACAUCGAGGACCUCUGGCUGCCGUACUUCACCGUCACCACCGACAUCAGCUCGAGCUGCAUGAGGAUCCACCGGCACGGUUCUCUGUGGCGAUACAUACGCGCGUCGAUGUCGCUCAGCGGUUACAUGCCGCCGCUUUGCGACCCCGUAGACGGCCACCUCCUAUUGGACGGCGGUUACGUCAACAACCUGCCAGGUAAACCAAUCACGGCGCGCGGUGAUCACGCGGCGGGGUGCGUCACGCGGUCCGCGGACGGUGUGACAGCCGUCACGCGGUGCGCGUACGGCGUGACAGCGGUCACGCGGCGGACGCACCGCGGGACGCGACGCGUAGUAUGGGUUGUUAGGCUGAGUGUAAAUAUUUUCCGUGUUCCAUCAUUGUCUCUGGGUUCCCCCGGUGUACUGUGGAGGUAUUGCCGUGCUUCGAUGAGCAUCGCCGGGAUUUUCCCGCCAAUCUGCGAUACCAUUGACGGUCACCUUUUAUUGGACGGCUGCUACGUGAAUAACGUGCCAGCGGACGUUAUGAGGUCUUUGGGCGCGAAGCACAUCCUGGCGAUAGACGUGGGCUCACAAGACGACACGGACCUCACAAACUACGGCGACGACCUCUCCGGAUGGUGGCUGCUGUGGAAGAAAUGGAAUCCGUUCACCACACCCGUCAAGGUGCCAAACCUGCCUGACAUCCAGAGCAGGCUCGCUUACGUGUCGUGCAACCGACAGCUCGAGGAGGUGAAGAGCUCCGACUACUGCGAGUACAUCCGUCCGCCCAUCGACGCGUACAAGACGCUGCAGUUCGGCUCGUUCGACGAGAUCCGCGAGGUGGGCUACCGGCACGGCGCCGCCUACUUCGAGGGGCAGCGGCGCGGCGGCGGCGGCGGCGUCAGCGGCGUAGGCGCCGCGCAGCCGAGGCGCCAGCCCGCCCAGCCCACACUCACAGACUAUACCUUCACUGAUCUGGCUCAAAUGGUGUGCUCCGUUCGCACCGCCCGCGACCUGGACAACUCCUCAUCCUCUUCCUCCGAUUACGAGGAAGACCAGAGGCACUUCGACGGUUACGCGUCCGAGCCCAGCGCCGGAAUCCUUGAGGAGGGCCUCCGCACGAGGCGGGCGGGCGGCUCCUUGUCGCUGUCAGAGGACGAGGUGGACUCCGAGGCGGAGGUGUACGAUCCGCUGAACAAGCGCGGCGGGAACAGG